AUGCCAACACUACAACGUCCUUCUAGGCCAUGUAAGGAGUGCCAGCGGCGAAAGCUCCGCUGCGAUGCACAACAACCCAAAUGUGGUUUGUGUCAGAGGGCCCGUGUUCCAUGCGAGGCGUCUCCAGCGGGAAAACGAGGCCCCAAACGAGGCCAUCUGAAUGCCCUACGCAAUCGUCUUAUGCAGCUUGAGGAAACAUUGCAGAACCGACUUGACUCCGAGCAACGUCCGCAGGAGCAUGUGCAGGGGUUGCACCAUAGCCUUGACUCGACAGAUGCGUCACAAUCAGCCGACUUCCUGAGAGGCGAUGUUGGCUAUGGUGAUCCUUUGGCUCAAGCCUUCAUGUUAUCUGAGCCUUCAAUGGCUGGUGAUUUUGAUAACUUGGGUCUGGAACGAUUUCGUUUUCCUGAUCUAGCAGUAUCGCUUCCUCAGAUCGACCGUGGUACCCACGCCGAACUAGACCAGCUGUACUUCGACCGAGUUCACCCGUCUUUCCCCAUUAUCCAUAAACGACGUUAUCUAGGAUGGUCUAAGUCAACUGCCAAGUCUCGUUCCCAGGCUUGUUUGCAGAAAGUUAUGUGGAUCCUCGCUGUUUUGUUAUCUACACAAACGCGUGACUUAAUUAAUCCUUUAUACAGCCAAGUCAGACAGGAUAUUGACCUCAUAAUAAUGGAUACUAGCCCAUGCCAGUUGGAACUCGUUCAAGCUUGGACACUUCUGACCGUCUGUGAGCUGAUGCGUGCCAUGUAUGGACAGGCUUGGGCGAGCGCAGGACGAAUGUUCCGGCUACUUCAGGGAUUACGCUAUCAUGAGAUUGACAGUCCAAGGGAGGACCCUGUAGCAUCAGAGGGAAUGAUUGACCCUAUUCGAACAGAGGAGAAACGCCGCGUAUUCUGGAUGGCCUUUUUGAUUGACCAUCUGCUCAGCAUCCGAAAUCGUUGGCCAGUCACACUGAGCGAACACAUGGCAAGAUCCCCCCAAAGCUCCGUAACCGAACCGCCCUCACCAGAUACUUGCUCAUUCAACGAGUGCAUCAUCAUCGCGACAGUCAGCGGCCGUGGGCUGCUACGUGAUGUUCACGGCACCAUUUCUGAAGCGUAUGGUGGCUCUAGGCAGAUCCAUAUUGACCACGAUGAGUGGCUGAACCUUGUUCUUGCGACGCGAAACAAGGCCCUACGUCAAAGAGACGAUCCUGAUCGUUUGGCGACGUUUACUCAAAUCCUUGGGCAGGUGACUGAGAUUUUGUUUUGUAAAAGCCUGAUGACAAUGAACAAAAGCACUUCGAAUGAAAAUUGCACGCAAGAAUAUCGGUGUCGGGCUCUGAGGGCAGCGGAGAAGAUUGUGCUCUUUGCCACAGACCUCACAGCAUUGCACUUCUCCAUGGUCCAUCCGUUCAUGUUCAUACCUUUAUUUGUCACUGCCGAGUUCUUGUACGAGAACAGAGCGCUUGGAGACGGUGCAUUCCUGACGCAACUACGAAACCUAGUUGGCAUACUUGGUCAGUUGACGAAUGUCAACGAUCUCGAAAGGAGUUAUCUGGAUUUACUAUCGCGAUCCUGUAUAUCAUCGUCGCGGGGAGUUUUGGAGCAAAGCGCGCAGCAGACAUAG